AUGGAUAGUUAUCCGUCAGAAUAUACAGAAAAUCUUAAAUUUAAGCACCUCCCUAUAUCAAAGAUCGUUAAACCAAAUGUCUCACAAUUCAAUAUAAUUCAAUCAUUAGCAAUCUCCGAUACAUAUGGUUGCACAUUUAUAAUAAAUUUGAAUGAAUUAAUAGUUUAUGAGACAAAUGAUUUAGUCCUCAUGCAACCUGGUAUUCCCAAAGAAGAAUUAAAAAUUUCGAAUUCAUUGCACAUUCUUAUUGAUCUAAGUUUUGAUAUUAUUCCAGAAUCUACUACUGAAGCUGUUCACAUAACGAUCAAUAGCAAUAAUACAAUUUUGGCUAUUAGUGUUAUCCGAAAAAUUCAAACUUCUAUUAAUUUGCACAUACUUUAUUAUGAUCUCAAAGAAAUAUGUUGCAAAUUCCUUAACCAAAAUAAUACUGUAUACCAGAUCAUUAAAGCCAUUAAAAAAUUUGACAUUCAAGGUAAUAAUAUUUAUUUAUUAGACCUCUUAUGGAAUCCUGUAGAUCCAUUUUAUUUGAUAUUUGUGACAUCAGAUGGGAAUUUGAUAUACAAUAAUAUUAUAGUAUUUGAAAAUAAGUCUAACCAUAUAGUAGAAAAUUUUACUUGCAACAAUUCUAAUAAUUGCACAUCUAUUUGCUGGAGUCCUAAAGGUAAACAGUUUAUUGUUGGGUCUAAGGAUGGAUCUAUCCUUCAAAUGAAAUUGGUUAAAGAAAAUUGUGGACUAAAUUUUCAAGUUAUUAGAUUCAUAACAUCACCUUCUCCAAACCUUUCCGCUAUCAAAUUAUUAUGGCUCUCAACAUACAAUAUAUUAUCUUGCUACCAAAAAGAAUCAACAAGUGAUAAUAAAGAAUAUAUUUUUGCCAAUAUUCAAAUCAGUAAAAACAAUCUUUCCCAAGAUCAAAUAAAAUUGUAUCAAGAUCCAUUUUUUGACACAAAAUCUGAAACUAACAUCAAAUUUCAAAGAUUAUUAUGGUUUAUAAGAAUUCCAUCAUGGAAUGACAUGAUAUUAGCUGUUUCUAACACUGAUAACACAAUAUUGACCUUUAUCAAAGAUGUACAAUGUGAAGGACUAACUUUAUUAGAAGUGGAAGAUAUCUUCAAUGCUGUCCUGCCUGUGUGUGACAUUGGUGGUUCCCAUAAUGUGGAUGUAUAUGCCACAGGUAUUGCUUUAGCCCUCACCAUCCAUUGUGAUAUUUUGUUUCCUCAUUCUAUUAGUUACCCUCCUGGUCCUAUCCUUUUUGUAAUGACUGACGCUGGCUACUUAGUCCCUUUUAGUAUUGUAGCCAUAUGGGAAGGAUUAACUAGUAUCAAUAUUCCUCAGGAAAUCCUAAAAAACAACAUACCCAAGCUAGAUGACCACAAAUCUUUACAAGACUUGACAACAUUAGACUUCAGGAAAGAUAUUUUUUUUGAAGAUGGUAAGUUGCUAGAUAAUUAUAAUAUAAAGCAAUCUACUCCACAAGAUAUCAUGCUAAAAAAUAUUUCUGAACCUUCUCAUGGUAAUCAAGAUAAACCGGAUAUCAAAAGCAAUCUUAAUGAGGAAUUGUUUUCUUUAUCUUUGUCCCCACCUUCUGAGACUUUACAUGAUACAACAUUUGAUUUGAUAUCUCACAAAUCUAAAAACAUAAUUCAACCAUUGACAGAUCAGCCUCAUGACCAUGCCAUUAAUAAUUUUAAGUCUGCUAUUUAUCACCAUAAUGAUUCUUCAUCACCUGCAGAACUACAAAUAGAAAAAUGCCAAUUACAUGAUCAGCUUAACACCUUGAAAGAAAAAUUAGAGUCUAUAUCCUCAAACAAAUUAAACAAUGUAGAUGGCACUAUUAUAAGAUUUUCAACACUAGGAAUGAAAGAAUAUUUAGGAAACAAUAAUGUCUGGGAAGCUGAAUGGAGGCACAUAUUGAUGGAAUUCAAUUUUGAGAUAAAGAAAUUUAAUCAACAUAUUGAUGAAUAUGGCAGAUGUAGACUGCUAGACUUGCUUGCCCAACUAGAGGAGUUAGGGAAAGUUUUUGAGACGGUAGCUAAAGCUGAGAAAGUUAAAAACCAGUCUGAUACUGCUAAUGUUUUUUACACUAAAUCUGAUUGCCAAUGCAUAAAUUUGGCAAAGUCCUACAUUUCAAAUUUAGAACAACGAUAUGCUGCUAUACUGGACAAAGCUGUACAAAUACGUAACAAAAUAACAAUGAAACUCAGAGAGACUGAUUUUGAAAAUAACGAACUUAUGUGUCGCCUCAAAAUAUCUCAGCAAUCUGCAACUUAUAAAUGCCUCUUAAACCACGACAGACUUAUACGAAAUGCCUCUUUAGCGUUGGAAAUUUUGGAACAGUUGAUCUCAACUUCCCCAUUUUUAUUUCAGAUUAAAUCUGUACGACCAUCUGCUAAACCUCAUUUCACCCAGCAUCUCCAGCCAUUAGGUCUUAGCUGUAUGGACAAAAUUUUAGGGCGUGUUUUUACUGAAUCAGCAGACAUAAAAUCCUCAAAUUCCUACAAAUCACAGGUUGUAUUUAGGUCAUUAAAGAAGGCCAAAAAGGAAAAUAGUAAAUAUGGGACUCAAUGGGCCAAGGUAAUGGCUGGUUCCACUAUAUCAAAUAUACAAUCAAUGAUCCUUAAAGAAGAACAAGGAAAAAAUAGUGAAUUAGUCAAAAGUGGAGACAAGAUACUUAACGACAAUAAAUUAUCAGUCUCUUCUUUUUUGCAACCUGCAUUAAGUGAUCCAUCUCUGUUUUUUAAACCACAAGAGGAAAUUUUAGUUGUCAAAUGUGCAUCUAUAGCCCCAUCCCCUUCCGAGUCUUAUAUUGCUCCAUUGGAAAAAUUUACACUUAAAAAAUUUAGCCCUGAUACAGCUCCACUCAUCCAACAAUCUCAUGAUGUCUCUAAUUUAUUUAAUAUUGAGGACCAAUCUAAUUUAUCUUCUAUAAUAUCUGCGACCAAGGAACUAGUAUUCCCCCCAAAAUUAACUAACACCAUUGAUGAAAGUCUUAAGGUGAAAGGUUCAAACGAGCUCAUCAUUCCUACUCUUUCCUCUCUAACCCAACCUUUCACAUUUACAAAUUCACAAACGACUGCAAUUACAAAUACUACUAAAAAAAUCGAAAAUACCUCCAAAUGCGAACCAAGAUUACUAUUUAAUUUGUCUCUUAACACCGAAAAUAUAAGCAAUAAUUCAGAUGAUCAAUCAAAAUAUUUGUUUCAUAUGCAAGAAACCGAAUUACCACUGACAUUAAGCCAUCCUCCUCACAAGUCCUCCACCGAAUCUAGCCAGUCGCCUCUAGAUAUGAGCUGCACUCCUAUUACGACGGCAAAGGAUGAACAGCCCAAAUUACCCACUUUGGGUUUAACUGAGCUCUCAGCUGCCAACCCAUUCACUUUUAAUGAUACCAUUAAUUCUAUUUUCGGUGCCGCUCCAGGGUUUUCCCGUCCAUCACUUUUCCCCGCCUCUUUUUUAAGUGUGACGACUAAUUACUUAACUAAUAGUGCUACUCUAACUUUAGCAGUCACUAAAACUCAACCUCCCAUGUUUUCUAACCUGUUUAAUCAGUCAGCGCCUAUAUUCGGUGGUGGAGCCACUUUUGGAUCCGGUCUUAAUUCUCUGAGCCCUAUUGGGUCGGUGUUAAAUCCAGAUGCUUUCAAUGGCCCAAGCAGCGAAUCUAGUCUUGGAACAUUUACUAGUUUUAAACCUUCCUUAUCUUCUUACGCCUUUGGCUCCGUUUCGCCUCCGCAGCACAUAUUCGGAUCAUCUACACCUUCGACCAUCUUUGGAUCUCCUGACUUUAGCUCAAAUUCAAAUGAGGUUGGUACAGGCUUUGCAGCCCUAGCACAGCUCGCUUCCGGUCCUUCUGACUCUGGUUUCAACGUCGGCGCCCAAAGCUUUUUCUUUUCUUCUUCUCAGUCUCCACUCUCUACCAAUACUUUUGGCUUUGGAGCAAUAUCCGGGUUCGGUAGCCCACAAAUGCAACAACCCACUUUUGGGAACCAAAAUAUUGCUUCGGCACCGGUCAAAGAUUCCUUUAUGACUUAUCGAUGA